UUAGUAAAACCUAUCUACGAAGUAGUCUCACAUGUUCAUGAUGUUGUUGAAAAGUUCUGUGGUUUUCGUUUGAAGUAAAGCUGCGUGUUUCGAAUUCAUUUGCAGGAGCACGAGGAAAUUAAUAUUAUAGUCAUAUUGAAUUAUAUUACUAUGGAUUCUGAACCAGUGAUGGUGCUUUCAAAACGUGUGAACCUGUUUAAAAUGUCGGAAAUAAUUUGUAAACAAAAUAAUUUUCGCGUCCCUGGACAUAUUAGCUUGUAAAAACAUUCCUGUUUACAAUGUCCGGAGAACUAGAAAUCCCAUUCCUUAAUGAUGCACACGAGGAUGAGGACGAGGCCGGGGAAUGGGACUUAUUGAUUGCAUUUAAUGAAUUAAGGCAUCGAGAGAAAAUCCAGGGGUCAAAAAAAGUGGCCCAGACAUGGAGAAUGAAAGAAAGAAUGAAAACAGUGAGUGUGGCAUUGGUGAUGUGUCUGAAUGUUGGAGUUGAUCCGCCGGAUGUUGUAAAGACAUCCCCCUGUGCCCGCCUGGAGUGCUGGAUCGAUCCACUCAGUUCUCAGAAAGCGCUGGAGUCCAUAGGCGCUAAUCUUCAGAAACAGUAUGAGAGAUGGCAGCCACGGGCCAGAUACAAGCAGAGUCUGGACCCAACCGUGGAUGAAGUGAAGAAAUUAUGUUCUUCUCUCAGACGGAAUGCCAAAGAGGAGAGAGUUCUGUUUCAUUACAAUGGCCAUGGUGUACCAAAACCAACAAUCAAUGGAGAAAUCUGGGUCUUCAACAAGAGCUACACACAAUACAUCCCUCUGUCUGUGUACGACCUUCAGACCUGGAUGGGGAGUCCCUCUAUCUACGUGUAUGACUGCUCAAACGCGGGGAUUAUCAUCGAACUCUUCAGGCAGUUUUCGCUGCAGAGAGAAUCAGAACUGGAGUCUACGUUGAAUGGAUCCAGCGCACGCUUCGGCGGCCCAGCUCCAGCCGUCUCCUCUGUCAGGAACUGUAUACAGCUAGCAGCGUGUGGAGCAGCAGAGUUACUGCCCAUGAACCCAGAGCUACCUGCUGAUCUCUUCACUUCCUGCCUCACAACUCCCAUCAAGAUAGCUCUCAAAUGGUAUGUUUUGCAAAACACUGGGAAAUUAGUGCCCAAGGUUACCUUGGAUCUUGUGGAUAAAGUUCCAGGUCAGCUGAAUGACAGGAGAACCAUGUUAGGGGAACUCAACUGGAUUUUUACUGCCAUCACAGACACCAUUGCCUGGAACACACUGCCAAGAGAGUUAUUCCAAAAGCUCUUCAGACAGGACUUAUUAGUGGCCAGUUUAUUCCGCAACUUCCUACUGGCUGAAAGAAUUAUGAGGUCAUAUAACUGUACACCGAUGUCCAGUCCCCGUCUACCACCCACGUACCAACACCCGAUGUGGCAAGCCUGGGACCUAGCCCUGGACAUUUGUCUGCGACAAUUACCUACCUUGUUGGAGGAUGAAAAUGCCCAGUUUCACCACAGUCCCUUCUUCACAGAACAGCUGACUGCCUUCCAGGUGUGGCUGUCCUACGGUUCAGAGAAACGAAACCCUCCGGAACAACUUCCCAUUGUCCUACAGGUGUUGUUGAGUCAGGUGCACAGACUGCGAGCCCUGGACCUGUUAGGGAGAUUUCUGGAUUUAGGUCCCUGGGCAGUUAGUUUAGCUUUAUCAGUGGGAAUUUUUCCAUAUGUCCUCAAGCUUCUGCAGAGCUCCGCGCGAGAGUUACGGCCCCUCUUGGUGUUCAUCUGGGCAAAGAUUUUGUCUGUGGACAGUUCAUGUCAGACAGACCUGGUGAAAGACAAUGGUCAUAAGUACUUCCUGUCGGUGCUGGCUGAUCCUUACAUGCCUGCAGAGCACCGGACAAUGGCAGCAUUUGUCCUGGCGAUGAUUGUCAAUGAUUACAAACAAGGACAGGAGGUGGCUUUACAGGGCAAUGUGAUUUCCAUCUGUCUGGAGCAGCUGUCUGAUUCCAGCUCCUCACUGCGACAGUGGCUGGCUCUCUGCUUAGGAAAGGUGUGGUCCAGCUUUGACAAUGCACGAUGGUGUGGGGUGAGAGACAGAGCCCAUGAGAAAAUGUCCAUACUGCUGAAUGACCCGUGUCCAGAGGUUAGAGCGAGUGCAGUGUAUGCCCUGGGGACCUUCAUCAGUGUGUCCGACCGAAGUGACCAGGCUAACAACAUUGACCUAGGAGUGGGGAUGAUGCUGGCUUCUGUAGGAAGUGAUGGCAGUCCACUAGUUAGGAAGGAGGUGGUGGUGGCCCUCUCAGCCCUGGUCCAUCAGUUUGAGUCCCAGUUCUCUAACGCGGUGGUGCAGUGGAUGGAAGAGGAGAAGCAGAAGGAGAAGAGUGCGAUGGUGACCGGGGAGGUCCUGGGUGGGUGGAAUCUUGUAUCAGGCUCUACUGGCCUCCAGUCCUCGUCUUCUAACACGUCGUUUGGUGGAUCGAUCAGCUCCAAUGACAGUUUUUCUGGUGAAGGCUCCACCAUGAAGCGGACCUACUCCAACUCCACUCUCACAGGCACCACCUUCAGCAGUGUGUACCUGACGGUGUGGAAGGUUCUAGUCCAGCUAGCCACUGGCCCACAUAAGGAGGUGGUGGACAUGGCUAAACAGAUCGUCAACACAUUCAAACUCAAGGCCUCCUUGAGUGCUCGACCCACCUACAUGAUUCAAAACCCCAAAUCUUCAUACUCCGCCCCCUCCAGCCCCUCUAAUACCGCCCCCAUACACAGCACACCCCCACAGAAUCACAUACAAGAGGAGAAUGUACAUCUGACACCUGGAAACCACAUGAAGCGUGACCAUUCAUCUCCCCACCUGUCCAGCAAGGGGAACUCCUACACCAAUCCUUACCCCCGCAACAAGAAACUGAUCACAGACAGAAACCCAGGGAUGAUACAUGAAGAAGAUUCCCGAAGUCUCACGUCAGGCUUGGUGACCACUGAAUUCUUUGAGUGGAGCUGUCGCCAUUUUGCACAGCCUUUGAUGCGCCUCGCUGAUGAGCAGGACCCAGAAAGUUCCUCCCAUCACAGACGAGACUUCCGAUUCCUUCGCAACGCCAACGUCAGACAGGAGGCCAAAGAGGAACAACUCAGAGCAGGUUUUAACAGACUUGAUGUGGAAGUGUUUGUAAACAAAAACCAAGGAGUUCCCACUGCGAUUAAGUUCCACCCGUACGAGUGCCAUGUGGGCGUGGCGGACAAGGACGGGGUGUGUUUCUGGGACUGGGAACAAGGAACCAAGAUUAACUAUAUCUACAAUGAAAACCUGAAAAACACCAAGAUAUCAGCCAUGGAUUUCAUCAAUCCUCACGAUGAAUCGCUGCUUCUGUGUGGAACUGAUGAUGGGGCUGUCAGGAUAUGGAGAAAUUACCUUACAGAGGGGUACGACGGCAAGGAAUUAGUGUCAGCAUUUCAAGCAAUAUCGGACUUAAUUCCAACUGUCAGACGAGCUGGCCUUGUGUUGGACUGGGAGCAGGAAUCUGGAAUGUUGUUGGCCUCCGGGGACGUCCGCAUCAUACGGAUCUGGGAUUCUCAGAGAGAAACCAAAGUCCAGGAUAUACCCACGGGGGCGGAGAGCUGUGUGACAAGCCUGGCCUCAGAUUCGUGUGGGCGAUCAUUGCUGAUCGCAGGUUGUGGUGAUGGGACGGUACGGCUGUUUGACAGACGACUGGCUCAAUCAGAAUGUCGUGUGAUGACUUUGAGGGAGCAUAAUAGAUGGGUUGUGAAAGUUCACCUUCAGAAAGGUUCGGAGGGCAACAUUGUCAGUGCCAGUAAUGCAGGAGACAUAAAAUUUUGGGACCCACGCUUUACGGAGUCCGUCAGAACGUUAAACCUGGCUCCAGGAAUCACGGCUCUCGAGCUUCACAAACAUGCGGAUGUGUUAGCCUGUGGCUCAUUAAACCAGUUUAUUGGUGUAUACAACACGUCAGGGGACAAUCUGAGUACAAUCAAGUACCACGAGGGAUUCCUGGGACAGAGGAUCGGGGCAGCCAAUUGUAUGGCAUUCCACCCUCACAAGGUGAAGCUGGCAGCUGGUAGUACAGACAGCUUUAUAUCGGUAUACUCCACCCCGAUCAAGCGAAGCUGAUGAAGAGCUGCACCGUAAUAUAUACUCAGUCUUUCAUUUGAUUUUUAAAAUGAGGAGAUGUUCCAAGAUUUGCUGUUUUAUUAAUGUGAUACGUGGGAGACAAGGAAAUACAUUAACAUAAUAUGUGUAUGUUCAUUAUUAACUGUCCAUUUGUGACUAGUCAUGGACCAUUGAUAUGUACAAUGAUGUAUUAUGAUAGGUAGGGGGCACCUGCUGACAUACUAUAUAGACUGGUGUGUUUUAGUUUUAAUAUGUAGAAAAUGUAUAGGAGUACUGUACGUUAGGUGUGCUUCAACACAUUAUUAGAUUGUUGUCCGACUUUACUAGUAUGAUGUAUUUAACCUGAAUGGGAUUUUUUAUUAUAAGGUACAUGCAUUGUACACGAUGUUAAAUGAUAUAAUUGUGUUUGUAAUUACUAUACAUGAUAUAAAUUCAAAGGUGAACUUUAUGUAUUUUUACUGCCAUGAUGUAUGCGAUAUGUUAAAGAGAAACUCCAAAUUCAUGAAAAACUUUGUCAGAUACAGGGACUUGCAGUUUUAGAUUGCAUGCAUGGACCAAUAAACAGAUGACCUAUAUCUAUAUACAGCUGUGUUGUAUGUACAACCAGCAGGUAUACAUGUCACUAUGUGUCAUACUUCUAUUACAUUUCAUUUCAUUCGUCAUGCUCCAGUGUGCGAUUUUCAAGAAGGAAAAAAAUCAUUUAGUUUGGGCUUGAUGUGAAUGUAGGUUGUUUUAUUUUUGGUUGUUGCAGCAAUACACAUGACUUUUACUACAGAAAUUCACUUCCCAAAACAGAAUACCUCUACAAAGUGUAUUAUAGAUUGGCAAACUGUAGUUUUGCAGCAAGUGUAUAUUACUAAUGAAACCACGGGGUCACAAUUAUUUAAAUCAGUAAUCUACAUCAGAAUUUUUUUUCCACAUACAGUUCAUGUCGUUACAAAAUUAACUGGACUUUUGUGUAGGACUGCUUGCCAAGUUAUAAAUGUACUUACAGGUACUACUUCACACUAGAAUCUAGAUGACUGAUAAUUUACAUGUGCACGAGAGAAAGCCUCCACAAAGCUGCAUAUACUGUGACGUUCUUUGUAGAUGUACAUGAUGGUAUCUGUAUGGACCUCAAUGUGAAUACAGUACAAUAAAGCUGAUAGUGUGGGGUUAAACAUGGGGGUAACUAUAUUUUCUGUGUUCAUUUUGUAAUUUUAAUGAUUAGUUGCUGGUUUUAAUCAACCAACAUUUAAAAAGAAUUGUUAAAUUCUAAAGGGAAUUAUGGGAAGAUUUUGGACAUUAAAAUGUGAGGUUAUGAAGGAGUUUGAUAAAUUGUUGCAACUUCAAAGUUUGAUUUUCAGAAUAAAAAUGUAAGCAUUGUCGUGUGGAUGAUGCGUUUUAAUUCAGAUUUUCAUUUAGAAGAAAUUGUGAUGGGAAUUGGAGUUCCCUUCCUGUCAUGUUUGUCACCUUGACAAUGGCCGAUAGCUACAGGUCUAUGCAAAUAAAAUCACUGUUAAUGUGUAAGCUGAUUUACAAUCCAUUUUUACUAUCCAAUGGAAAGGAAAAUGGAUCCAACAAUACAAUAAAUGAGAAGACUAAUAAAUGUACUGAAAUUUU